UUUAAGAGCAGCUAUAAGGGCUUUCAAAACCCAGCCGUCCCUGUCUAAAUAACUACACUGCGUGCUGGAUUAGGAACACACAUCCACAACAGCAGCAGCAGCAGCAACCAUGCCGAGGCUAGAAUCUCAGGAGUGGAUCCGGACAUCAAUGCGCACUCCGGGCAUCCUGAUCUUCGGGAUGGUUUUGGCUCCAUGCGGCUUCGUCCUGAACCUGAUCGCCACCGCGGCCCCGAACUGGAGGACCCUCAACAACCUCCCCAACAACCCCCCCUCUAACUUCAUCGAGCAAGGCAUCUGGCAAAUCUGCUCGGGCUCUACAAUCGUCACGGGAGUGACGUGCGGUCUGCAGGACACUUUAUAUUUCAGCAACCAGAUCAUCCAGGUCGCUCAGGGUUUGAUGUUGGCCUCCCUCAUCGUGACUAUAAUCGGAUUGUGCGUGGCCAUCCCGGGGGUCCGCUGCUGGACCGACAGGCCUAACUGGGUAGUGGCCGGGCUGGGCGGACUGUUGUUCUUCCUCUCAGGCGUCAUGACCAUCAUACCAAUCGCCUGGUACACCCGCAUCAUCAAUACCGUCACAACGGUCAGCCCUACCAUAGCUGUGAGUGUCGGCUACUGCAUCAUCCUGGGCUACAUCGGAGGGAUAUUUGAAAUCCUUGCCGGCAUCGUCAUGGCCGUCGGGAUCUGCCGUUGCUGCGGAGGAAAGAACCGAGGAGAGAGGCGGAUUGAGGAGGUCACGGGGCCCCGGUUCAGCCACCAAAGGCAACCGCAGAGACGAGUUGAAGUGCCCAGCCUGCACCGGGCCAGGAGCAGCGUCAGCAGCAGCGUCCCAUACUCAAAGGACUCCAUGGAUGAGGAUGUGUCCUUCCCACGGGCCAAGAGAAACCCAACCCGGUCAGUCAACCCCUCAUACAGCGGCAGACCCUAUGAUGCCGACCUAUAAGCACAUGCACCACAUCUGGAUCUCCAUGGAGACACACAAAGAUACCCACAUGAAGGAAAAACGACUUAAAGACGGACAUGAAUAUUUGCAAAAAGGACUAAGAGUGGGACAUAUUCUAGAAAGAAGCAAUGGUAUUAAUUAAAAAAACUGUAUCUAUCUAUAAUAUUCUGGAGUAUUAUAGUAAUAUAUAUAUAUAUAUAUAUAUAGACAUAGGACAUAUCCCUACUGAGGCUACUCAUAAAGUUAAGUUAUUUUGAGACCAUGAAGGAAUAUUGUAGGAAUAUUUCAGUGGUACGAAGAGAUAUUCUAUAAUUUACUACCAAGUGAAGCAGAAUCUCUUUAAAAGCCUCUUUGAGCAUUAGUGUGUUUCAUCAGGAACAAUUGAAGGCAUACAUCUGUAAUAGUGUUGCAAGUGACAGAGCCAGGGCUGCAGUUUAAUGCAGUUACAGAUGAGACUCAUUAUGGCCUUAGCUGGGUUAUGAUUCAUUCUAACAUCAUUAUGAUAUAGGGCAGGUGUAUGCUUCAAGCAGUGCAGUAAUGGCAAAGAUGGGAAAAUGGAAAGAAAGUGAAGAAUUCUGCAUUGUUGUAAGAGUGAAACAGAGAGAAACCCUACAUUGUUCAUUAAUAAAUUGAAAAAAAUGAUAUUGAGUUGAAGUUAGCUCUUUUACAUUCUGCAAAUGAUGAUGACCUCUAUUUUUUUUAAUUGUCCUCAUCUUUAAGGACGCUUUUCCCCCCGAUUAUAAUGUAAAUAGUCCUUUACUGUAUUAUUAUGCACUUUACAGUUAUGAGCAAUUUUGUAGGUCCUUCAAAGAUGUCCUACCUCCUGAGGUUAUCAAUAUUGUUGUUACUGCUCUGUGAUAAAAAUGCUGUUUAUUAAAUGUGCACUGUUUCCUAACAACAGAUGACUAAGUCCUUUUCCUCAACUCAAUAUUACAAAAUUCAGAUUUGACUGCAGAAGUGCAUGUAAAGAAAAUAAUAGUUUAAAUAAAAGUUUAUUUGAUAAGUGGAAGUAUCUGUGAUUAUGACAGCAGUGCAGUGAGGUUAAAUGUAACUCAGCAGAAAGAUUAUAAUACGGCCUCUAGAGCGAGAAUGUUCACAUUUUAGACAAGCAAAUUAAUGUGUUUUAUCAUCUGCGACCAGAAGCCAUUAUGGACACUGUUCAAACACACAUGCAGACAGGUUACAUUUCACUGUGAUACUUUGCUUUCUUUGCCUCCCUGUCUGCUCUGUCUACAUACACAGACAAUGCUGCCCGACUGGUCUGAGAGGUUGGUUUCUUUCAGCACCUUGUCUAACAACAUUACUACUUUUGUUCAAACUGGCUGAACAUCUCAAACAAGGAGACACUGUAGUGAACAAUUGUCUCUCUAGAGCCCCUGCUAGUUCUUUUGUUGUCAAGUUGGCCUACAAGAAAUCCCGACGCAGUUCUCCAGCAGAACCUGUUGAAUGCAUUGAAAGGUUAGCAGUUUUUAUGCUGCUGCAUCAGCUCCUACAGAUGGAAAAACAAGAAUGGAAACUAGAAAAUCUUCAAGUGGAAAUACUGUCACUAUACUUGUGUUGAAUCAACUCGAGAAAUUGUACAUUUAACGUCCAUGUCAGCUGAAAUGGAAAAUCCUGCUGAUUAGCAAAUAUGAGAAGCCUGGGCUUUUGGUUAAUACAAUCAUCUGUACAUUGUA